CGGUGCAAUGUACGUCUUUUUUAAACAAUAAUAGAAAUAAGAAGAGGUGCAGACCAGACUUUCUAGGCCAGAAAUCGCGUAUCCCUAACCCCUGACCCGCCACACUUUCGAACAGAAAUGAGCGGCAGCGGGCGGCCCAGGACAAGCUCGUUUGCUGAGCCACAAGGGGCUCCUGGAGCCGCUUCAUCAUCCGCCGGAUCAGCCGCUGUCGUGGGGAGUAAUACAGGAAAAUCCGGGGUCUCUCAGGCCUCGGGUAGCAACUCGUCAGGGGGCGCCAAUUUAAAGCUGGCCAGAGACAGUGGGAAGGUGACCACUGUGGUGGCCACGCCUGGACAGGGUCCAGACCGUCCGCAGGAAGUGUCAUACACAGAUAUUAAGGUGAUCGGAAAUGGAUCGUUUGGAGUGGUGUAUCAGGCACGACUCAUGGACAGCCAGGAGAUGGUGGCAAUCAAGAAAGUGCUUCAGGACAAGCGUUUUAAGAAUCGAGAGCUCCAGAUCAUGAGGAAGCUGGACCACUGUAACAUUGUGAGGCUGCGCUACUUUUUCUACUCCAGUGGAGAGAAGAAAGACGAGGUGUAUUUGAACUUGGUGUUGGACUAUGUGCCUGAGACGGUGUACAGAGUGGCACGACACUUCAGCAAAGCAAAGACCAUCAUUCCCAUCAUAUACGUCAAGGUCUAUAUGUAUCAGUUAUUUCGCAGUCUGGCAUACAUUCAUUCCCAGGGUGUGUGUCACAGAGACAUUAAACCUCAGAAUCUGCUGGUGGAUCCAGAGACAGCCGUCCUUAAACUCUGUGACUUUGGCAGCGCGAAGCAGCUGGUGCGGGGUGAGCCCAAUGUGUCUUACAUCUGCUCGCGGUACUACCGUGCCCCGGAGCUCAUCUUCGGUGCCACGGACUACACGGCUAACAUUGAUAUCUGGUCGGCGGGCUGCGUGCUAGCGGAGCUGCUGCUAGGCCAACCCAUUUUCCCCGGAGACAGCGGCGUCGACCAGCUCGUGGAAAUCAUUAAGGUCCUCGGAACCCCGACAAGGGAGCAGAUCAGAGAAAUGAACCCCAACUAUACAGAAUUCAAAUUCCCGCAGAUUAAAGCACACCCCUGGACAAAGGUGUUUAAGCCACGGACCCCUCCAGAGGCAAUCUCGUUGUGUUCUCGGUUGCUGGAGUAUACCCCAGGUACGAGGCUCUCUCCGCUGCAAGCCUGUGCCCAUGCUUUCUUUGACGAGCUACGCCAGCCUGGUGCCCGCCUGCCCAGUGGACGCGAUCUACCCCCUCUUUUCAACUUCACCGCAGCCGAGCUGUCAAUCCAGCCGCAGCUGAACAGCACGCUCAUUCCUCCUCACGCUCGUGCACAGACCACGGCCUCACAUGAGGGAUCAGGGUCAGACGGUUCUGUACAACCUGGACCAGUUCUCAACAACAGCUCCUGAAGCACUGACUACCCGGCAACCACACACAUACACACACACACUCUUUCACAAUCAAUCAGCAACAGCACCUCAAAAUUCCACCUCAGUGUUCACACUCUGUCCGUCUAACCUGAACUGCGUACACAGACAUGAACACACACAACCACACAAUUACCUCACACUUUUCCUCGGACACACACAUACACACACAGACACACACACAAUUAACAACCCCUUUAAGUUGUACCUAGCAUGGAGACAUCUCUGACUGACACCUACCUUACACAAUCUGUGCUCUGACCAAGCAGGCUCUCUGAAUUGUUUUGACUACUACUGACCCAGUCUGUUUAAGCUAUAGAACACACACACACACACACACACACACAGAUGGUGAUGAUGCAGUUCUUCAUAUGGAGCGAGUGUUACGAACUGCCUGGCUUUGAUCAGAGUACCAACAGUCCUGUCUUACGGGCAUUCAGCUGUGUGGG